GUUGUUUUGAAAAUGAUUUGUAAACACGUGUUUUUCUGAAUUUUAAAAUAAUAAAGAAAUAUGGCAUUAGCAAAAAAACUACUUCACGUUUUGGACGAUUCAGAUGAGCCUUUGGCAAAAAGAAUAAAAAUUGCGGAAAACGCGUUCAAUUCUCCCGAUUUACCUUUGCAACAUAAAGAAGCUAUACUUUUAAAAUGGUCUUUGAAACACAAUAAUGUAGAUGGAGUGGAGCUUGUCAAUAGUUGGUUACAAUCAAGCCAUUUCAAAGAAUUCAACAGAAAUGAUAUAAGUAACGAAGAUGUCCAAGCCAUUAUGCAGUUGGUUUUGGACAAUCUGGGUAAAAAUAAGAAUGAAGAUAACAUUAUUAGAAACAAAUGUUUAGAUUCGGCUAUUAGCUUGUUGGAAAUAAGAAUAUUUCAACAGUAUUUUAAGCAAAGUUUGGAGGAAUACUGCAGUUUUUUAGCUACAAUUAUUAAGAAUAUCAGCGACACAGAACAGUUUUUGAAAUUCUUGAAGAAGGAAUAUGCAUUUUCCAAAGGUAUUAUUGCUGAAGAAGAAUUUUACGUGCACUUUUUAAAUAUUUGUCUGCCAGUUUUAACAGAAGCAACCAUACAGUUUGCUAGUGAUGACAAAUUGUUCACAGAAAUAUCAAAAGUAGUACAAAGGUGCAUUUUCUACAGAAAUUUUAAAAACUUUGAAGGCUUCAUCAAUAAAUUUUUUGAUCAAGAAGCAACAACAGAAAAAUAUCCGGUUCCAAAAGCUGUUUUUAAAUAUAUUUCCAACGCAUAUGAAAACAAUUUAAUUGAAUCUAAAGCACUAUACAGACUUUUAUUUGAUGCUUUUUGUGCGGCUUAUGAUAAAUUUGAUGUUGUCUAUAAGUGUUUUAUAUUGCUAAACGUGAUUAUAGGGUAUGAUGUGAAAGAAUUAUAUGGGUUAAAAAAAGUAUCGAAGUUGAGUUUGCCUAGUACUACAAUAACUAAAUCAAAUGAAAUAUUUUUGGAGUUGUUGAGUGUUCUAUGCAAACACAGCGACUCAAAUGAUUUUAAAGUAAAUGAAGUGACAAUAACUGAUUUGCUACAAAAAAUGUUGGUCACUUUUAUGGGUUUAACUAAUGCUAACAGUAAUAUAUACCAGAUAUUCUUAAGGGUGAUAACUUUUAACCCUUUGAUUAUUGAAAGCAUUAUAAAACCAAUUAUUGUGUUCUCUAUGCUGGCUGAAAAUUCGAACCACAAAAAUGACUACAUACAAUUUUUAACUGCUGUUUUUGAGGUGUUCUCAAAAUUACACAGAACUCAAAAUUUUAUUGCCAAAUUGGUUCCAACAAUUAAGGCGGCUUUAGAAGGAGAGCAGUUUGUAAAAAGUGAAAUAAAUUUUGCUGGAACAUUGGAUGUAAGCAAGAACCAGGAUGUUGACUUUAAAAUAGAAAAUAUUUUGCCUCAAGAAGUUUUGGAAUAUUUUAAACAGUGCGUCGCGAAUUUAGCCAGCUGGCAAGUCAUGAACUUGUUUAAAACUUUAUUGUUUCAUUUGAAUGCUGCUGUGGAGGAACUGCAAAAUAAUAAUACACAAGAGCAAAGUUAUGUAACCUACAUGGAAAUUUUAAGCUCUUUGACAUGCUCAGUUUUGUCUAGCGUCAGAAUGGCGGAACAUACAAUAACACAAACCGUCGUGGAAAAAUUUGUUAAAAGUAUGGAAGAAAUGAAGACGGUUUUGAAGCAUUUUGGAAAGGCUUUAUUAAGCAGAGAACAUAAUCAAAUUCUUGUCAGAGCUUUUCUCAACAUCUCCUAUAAUUGGUCCGAAAUGCACAUGGUCUUAAAUUAUUACUCACCCAUGGAAGAAUCCAAAGAUGCAGAAAAUGUAACUUACAACAUACACUCAUAUUUAAGUGUUAAGCAGUGGUCCUUGAUAUAUGAAAGAAUCACGAAUUUCGGGGAAAAACCUUGCAAGGAAUUAAUGCAAAAAAUAUUCAUCCAAAAACUGAGAGCCAAAACGAUUUUCGAAAAAGAUAUUGAGGAUCUUUCUUUGGAUGUGGCGCAGAAUUUUUCCAAUACCGUGGAGGAAAGCUGGAAAAACAUCAUGCUGGAUAAAUUUGCCAUCAAAAAUUUAUUGGGCCACAUUGAACCGCAGUUCAUCGUUUUUAUUGCGGAAAACGUUUUAAACAAUUUUGACGACUUGGAUAAACAGCAAAGGCAGAACAUUAUGGAAAGCCAGCUUUUGUUGAAUGCCUUAAAUUAUGUGGUUUUAACAAGAAUAAACAAAAUAAUCAAGAAGAAAAAUGCUCAGUCUUUGAGUAACAAGGUAUUUUCAGUAAUUACCUCAGAUUUCUUCAUACUAAAUGAUGAUGAUGCUUUACUAAAAUCUGCUGAAAAUGCAUACAAUAGUUCUAGCGUAUCUGAUAUUAAAAUAAAUGAAACUAAGCUCACACAAAAUAUCGACUACUUAAAAAUGUUUCCCAUAAUUUAUAGUUCCGAAAAUAUGCAGAAAUUUUAUUUAUUAUACUUCUUUGCCUUGCAUAAAGAUAUAGGUAGUUCUUCAAACAAUCUUAAAACUUCUAUUGAGUCAAUAAUCAUUGGCUUGUUACAACAUGUAAAAUUCAGCUUGUUAACUAUUUUCGACGCUGAAAAAUUGUGUUUCCAAAUCAUAAGCAGUUUUGAUAGAUAUGAGUCAACUUUUCAACAAAUUACCGAUGGUUCAAUAAGAAAUAUGGCGCUGUAUGAAGGUUGCAUAACUUGUUUGGUAAAAAAUAUGAACACCCCGGAAUAUUUAAAGUGCGCCACUAUUUACCUGAACUGUUAUUACAAGAUGAAAAAGCUGAAGCAAACACCCGAAGUAAAAGCCCUCGUAAACGAACAAAAAACCCAAAUAUGCGACAAAAUGGAAAAAGUGGUUUUAAAAAAGGGGCCCCUUAAGUCUCACCUAAUAGGGGCGUAUGCGCAUGUCUUCAAAAAUUCCCCGACAACCAGCGAGGAAAAAGAUCGAGAGUUCGCCAACUUUGCCCUGCAAGAUUAUUCCGCAGACGCUGUACAGGGGGCGCUGCUGUUGUUUUCCACAAUUUUAAAUAACAAGAGUAGAGCGAAAUAUGUUGACGAUGAGUUUCUUUUGAAGGUUUGGAAUUGGUCUAAACAGUUAAAUGUUUCCGCGGAAUACCAUGAACAAUAUUCACAAUUGAUUGUCUUGAUUUUCAGUUUAAUUUCUAACGAGAAAUUUAGUCAAGUUACCAAAGAUUUACUAGAAAUAACAUUAAUUAAUGUAAAAACAAAUGAUGAAAAGCUAAUUAGACAAGUUAAAAUCUGGGAAAGCAUAGUGAGUUGCAGCUUUAACCCUGUAAAAGUUAAAUUAUGGCAGGAAACAUUGGAAGUAUUACUACAGGAUUUAACAAAAAUAUUCCAAAAUAACGAUGAAUCAUCCAACACUUGCAUUCUUAAAUUCUUUGAAACCGUGAUACACACAAAUCAGCUCCAUUUGACUCCCCCCAUGAUCGAUAUCUUCCUCCUCACUCCCUCCCUAAUACUGCGCCAAAACGCCCCCCAAUUCGUCCGGACUUACACCCAAUCGAUAUCCAUCCUGGAAUCGCUGCUGAAGUGCAGAAAACCGCUUGUGGUGGACCGCCUCCCCGUUUAUUUGCAGCAAUACGGCCUGCUAUUGGACGGGUUGUGCGCAGUAAGCGACGCAGACAAGAACGGCGAUGCGCAGCUGUUGUCUGACUGCGCGCACAGCUUCGAGAAGCUGACCAGGCAGCUCGUGGAGUGCAAGAAAGACAUGGGGCGGAUGGCGAUGUAUUUGGUGGCGGAUAUUUUGGGGAAAUACGAGAAGGUUACGUUACAUGUUAAUGUUAAGUUGCACUUGAAUAACUGUGUGUACAGUUUGAUUUCGCUGUGUGAUCAACAUGCUGUUUCUUUUCUGAUGAGAGUUUUAUCUAGUGCUUCUACUGAGAUGUUUAAGAUUUUGUAUGAUAACUACAAGAAAUACUAUAGGUUUACUGGCAAAGUGUAAAUGUUUUUCUAAAUAUAUUGUUUUU